UAAGAACAUGGCUCACACGAGAAUUUCUGCCAAACUACCUCCGCAUAUCGACCCGACCAAAGCACCGGUCGCUUUCGGGGAGAGAGCUGUGCCCAAACUCAGCCGGGAGCUGGUCGAUCUUGAUCUCAUCACUAGGCAGCGAGCGCUCAUGGCCCUGUGUGACCUCGUCCACGACCCCGAGUUAGCUUAUGCGGCCGUGAUGGUCGGUUGUAUGCCGAACUUGAAACUCCUAUUGUAUGAUGAUGAUGCUACUGUCCGCCGGAAGUCCACAGAAAUUUUCUAUAUUUUGGCCACCCAUAGUAUUGGGAGGUUUGCAAUUAUGGAAUUUGAAGCAAUUGCUCCACUUGCUGAUCUGCUCAAUGAUCCUGUGGAUAUUUGUCGCAGAAACAUGCACAUGGCUCUUGAGAUGCUUUCAGAGGUUCCUUCAGGUGCAGCUGCAAUAGUGAACAAUGGAUUGGUCCCCUUGCUAAUUGAGAAAUUGAACUCAGAGCUUGAUGAGAUUCAGGAGCUGAUAUUGAAGACCCUGCACUACUGUUUACUGGUGGACACCAAGCAAGCGUUGGAUGCCUCGGGUGUUAGUGUGUUUAAGUCCAAGCUCUUUCACAGUUCUGACGCCAUCAGAAGCCUGGCUGCACAAGCACUGAUGAACAUCAGUGCGCCUUUGGAAGGGAAGGAGAAAAUGUGCGAGGAGGAUGUAAUUCUAGUGCUGGUGGAUCUGCUCAGUGACCCAAACCCCAAGGUCAGGGGGGCAGCAGCGGGAGCACUGAUGUUUGCCACCAUCACCACCCAAGGAAAAUACAAAGCACUGGAGGCUGACAUCAUCCCACCCUUACUCAUCCUGGUGAAUGAUCCAGUCAGCAAGGUGCGACUGAAUGCCAUUAAAACAAUCACCACCAUGUCAGAAGCUCCUGCAGGAAGAAGAGCGCUCCUGGACCACCUGCCGCUCUUUGAGAGCAAGGCCCAGGACCCCAGUGAGGCCGUCAGAAAGGCCAUCAGGAUCGCCAUCGAAGUCAUCACCUGGAAACCCUAGCUGGGUUACAGCACACAAACGCACCAAACGUCUCCAAAGCCCCACAACUCUCAUUCCCUCCAUGGAUUACGAUUUACACCUUGUAUUGCCAAUUGGUUCACAUUUGUACAUCCUGAUUUGUUUGUUUCACCUCUUGCCCUGGAUCCACCCCACUUGCCUUCUCACCUCCCUGCUGCUCUGUCAUGGUGCCUGCAAGUUUGUUUCAACACGUCUGGAAGGGUGAAGGUUGUGGGAAUCCAUAAUCUUGUUGCCAUUUCGAAUUUUGACAAUCAGUAGUUGCCAGCUUGAUUUUGUAGUUGAUUCCAGAUUGCCAAACUGAUUCAAUUGCCAAAUCCAGAUUGAUUCAAUUGCCAUGAUUGAUUCAAUUGUCAAAUAUCAACCGUAUUAAUAUUCAAUAAUUACACUUUAAAAUUAAGCUCUCAUAAUUCUUCUUAUUCUGCUCAUUCUUCUUGAUUUAUCUUUACUUCCAUGUCCCUUUGUGCCUAUGUCAUGUUCUCCUUCUCUUGUCAGGGAUCUGUGCACUCUGUAAUAAGCAGUGACUACAGUAUAACUAUGUUCUGUGCAGUUAUUCGGCUUUCAGUAGGUCGGGCACAGUUUGUUGAGAGGAAAUAAACUGCAAAUAUCAC